GCUGGUUUUUCUUUUCCCCCUAGGUGAGGCAGGCAACCAAUCAGAUUGUGAUGAAUUGUGCUGAUAUUGACAUUAUUACAGCUUCAUAUGCACCAGAGGGAGAUGAAGAAAUACAUGCUACAGGAUUUAACUAUCAGAAUGAAGAUGAAAAAGUCACCUUGUCUUUUCCUAGUACUCUCCAAACAGGUACAGGAACCUUAAAAAUAGAUUUUGUUGGAGAGCUAAAUGACAAAAUGAAAGGUUUCUACAGAAGUAAAUAUACUACCCCUUCUGGAGAGGUGCGCUAUGCUGCUGUCACACAGUUUGAGGCUACUGAUGCCCGGAGGGCUUUUCCUUGCUGGGAUGAGCCUGCCAUCAAAGCAACUUUUGAUAUCUCAUUGGUUGUUCCUAAAGACAGAGUAGCUUUAUCAAACAUGAAUGUAAUUGAUCGGAAACCAUACCCUGAUGAUGAAAAUGUAGUGGAAGUGAAGUUUGCCCGCACACCUGUCAUGUCUACAUAUCUGGUGGCAUUUGUUGUGGGUGAAUAUGACUUUGUAGAAACAAGGUCAAAAGAUGGUGUGUGUGUCCGUGUUUACACCCCUGUUGGCAAAGCAGAGCAAGGAAAAUUUGCGUUAGAGGUUGCUGCUAAAACCCUGCCUUUUUAUAAGGACUACUUCAAUGUUCCUUAUCCUCUACCUAAAAUUGAUCUCAUUGCUAUUGCAGACUUUGCAGCUGGUGCCAUGGAGAACUGGGGCCUUGUUACUUAUAGGGAGACUGCAUUGCUUAUUGAUCCAAAAAAUUCCUGUUCUUCAUCACGCCAGUGGGUUGCUCUGGUUGUGGGACAUGAACUCGCCCAUCAAUGGUUUGGAAAUCUUGUUACUAUGGAGUGGUGGACUCAUCUUUGGUUAAAUGAAGGCUUUGCAUCAUGGAUUGAAUAUUUGUGUGUAGACCACUGCUUCCCAGAGUAUGAUAUCUGGACUCAGUUUGUAUCUGCUGAUUACACUCGUGCCCAGGAACUUGAUGCUUUAGAUAACAGCCAUCCUAUUGAAGUCAGUGUGGGCCAUCCUGCUGAAGUUGAUGAGAUAUUUGACGCUAUAUCAUAUAGCAAAGGUGCAUCUGUCAUCCGAAUGCUCCAUGACUACAUUGGGGAUAAGGACUUUAAGAAAGGAAUGAACAUGUAUUUAACCAAGUUCCAACAAAAGAAUGCUGCCACAGAGGAUCUCUGGGAAAGUUUAGAAAAUGCCAGUGGUAAACCUAUAGCAGCGGUGAUGAAUACCUGGACCAAACAAAUGGGAUUCCCCCUCAUUUAUGUGGAAGCAGAACAGGUAGAAGAUGACAGAUUAUUGAGGUUGUCCCAGAGGAAGUUCUGUGCCAGUGGACCAUAUGUUGGAGAAGACUGUCCCCAGUGGAUGGUUCCUAUCACAAUCUCUACUAGCGAAGAUCCCAACCAUGCCAAACUGAAAAUUCUGAUGGACAAGCCAGAGAUGAAUGUGGUUUUGAAAAAUGUCAAACCAGACCAGUGGGUAAAGUUAAACCUGGGAACAGUUGGAUUUUAUCGGACACAGUACAGCUCAGCGAUGCUGGAAAGUUUAUUACCAGGCAUUCGUGACCUCUCUCUGCCCCCUGUGGAUCGACUUGGAUUACAGAAUGACCUCUUCUCCUUGGCUCGAGCUGGAAUCAUUAGCACUGUAGAGGUUCUAAAAGUCAUGGAGGCUUUUGUGAAUGAGCCCAAUUAUACUGUAUGGAGCGACCUGAGCUGUAACCUGGGGAUUCUCUCAACUCUCUUGUCCCACACAGACUUCUAUGAGGAAAUCCAGGAGUUUGUGAAAGAUGUCUUUUCACCUAUAGGGGAGAGACUGGGCUGGGACCCCAAACCUGGAGAAGGUCAUCUAGAUGCACUCCUGAGGGGCUUGGUUCUGGGCAAACUAGGAAAAGCAGGACAUAAGGCAACGUUAGAAGAAGCCCGUCGUCGGUUUAAGGACCAUGUAGAAGGGAAGCAGAUUCUCUCCGCUGAUCUAAGGAGUCCUGUCUAUCUGACUGUUUUGAAGCAUGGUGAUGGCACUACCUUAGACAUUAUGCUAAAACUUCACAAACAAGCAGAUAUGCAGGAAGAGAAAAACCGAAUUGAAAGGGUCCUUGGGGCUACUCUUUCACCUGAAUUGAUUCAAAAAGUCCUCACGUUUGCACUUUCAGAAGAGGUACGUCCACAGGACACUGUAUCAGUAAUUGGUGGAGUGGCUGGAGGCAGCAAGCAUGGAAGGAAGGCUGCUUGGAAGUUUAUAAAAGACAACUGGGAAGAACUUUAUAAUCGAUACCAGGGAGGAUUCUUAAUAUCCAGACUAAUAAAGCUAUCAGUUGAGGGAUUUGCAAUUGAUAAAAUGGCUGGAGAGGUUAAGGCUUUCUUCGAGAGUCAUCCGGCUCCUUCAGCUGAGCGCACCAUCCAGCAGUGUUGUGAAAAUAUCCUGCUGAAUGCUGCUUGGCUAAAGCGAGAUGCUGAGAGCAUUCACCAGUACCUCCUUCAGCGAAAAGCCUCACCACCUACAGCGUGAGCCCUGAGCACACCCCUGCUGUGGUCCUGCUGCUUGGCUGCUGGGGGGAUAAGGUGGGGCUACCGAACAGCUGAUUCACAUGCCAAGAAUUUGGAGUCUUCUUUCAAACCAGUGGGGUUGGACAAUGAAUGUAGUUAACUGGUUCCUGCUCACACUCCAGAAUUAAAUUCUAUUGAAAAAGGAAAAUCAGCAAUUCAGCAAAAAAAUAAAAAUAAAAAUAAAAAAUAAAAAGUAAAAAUGUAAAUAUGAUAGUAAUAAAAUAGAGCAUAACGAAACUGUGAAACUUCCUGAAGCCUUGUCAGUGGUUAAAAGUAUUUAACACUCUCCUGUUAAUGACAGAUGUUCUGUUUUUAUAACCUACCAAAAGGAAACUAGAGGCUUCUGGGUGAAGAACAUUUUUUGUGAAGUAGGUUCUGCAAGCAGCCUACAAGCCAAGGGUAGUGUCCAUUGCUGGGAAUGGUUAAACGUGAAAGGCUGAUAGCUGGUAUAACAUAGAGUCUGUGCAUAAUUCCAAGUGUUUUUUGGUUUUGUUGGGUUUGUUGGGUUUUUGGUUUUUGGGGUUUUUUGGUUUUUUUGUUUUUGUUUUUGUUUUUUUGUUUUUGUUUUUUUGUUUUUGGCAUGGGGACUGAUCGGGAAGAUAUAUUUUCCGCAUAACUCAAUCUGAACCAAGGAUUAUAAUUUUCCUCCAUGCCUUCCCUUCUGUGUGACCACCCGGCCAAAAGGGAAAAAAAAAAAAAAAA